AUUCGUGAACGCGAGAGGAAAAAAGAUGGCGGCGCUGUCCAGGCUGAGCAAGACGGCUUUUAGGCUUAAUAAUGACGUUUUAAAGGCCGUUAAUGGUGCUUUGGUGCCCAGUAAUGGUGUCUUCGUGCCCAGGGUAGUGGGUAUAUCCACGUCCAAGAAGAACAAGGACACCGUGACGGUCACGGACGCUGUGGUGGAACAUGUCAAAGACUGGUCAAAGACUGAACAAACAGCUGUGACUAAGAACUGGAUCAGUUAUGACUCGGAAGUGGAGGACAACACAAUAAUGCAUCUCACGUUCUUCUUCGGUGUAACUCUGUGUAUAGUGACUAUAGGAUUCGUCUGGGCUUACCUGCCAGAUUUCAGAAUGGUCGAUUGGGCACAGCGUGAAGGGUACUUGGAGUUGCGCCGGAGGGAAGCAGAAGUCCUACCACUAAUCGACCCCAACCUUAUUAGUAUUGAGAAGAUAGAGCUACCAUUGGAUGAAAAACUUGCAGAUACAGAGAUCAUUAUUUGAGAGAAUUUCAGGCCUAUACUGACUUUGUUUCACAUUUUUUGGUAUGCCUACAGGAUCCUAUCAUUCAUCACUACAGGAUGCUGUCAUUCAUCACUACAGGAUGCUGUCAGUUAUCAUUACAGGAUGCUGUCAGUCAUCAUUACAGGGUGCUUUCAAUCAUCACUACAGGAUGCUGUCAUUCAUCACUACAGGAUACUGUCAUUCAUCACUACAGGAUGCUGUCAGUCAUCACUACAGGAUGCUGUCAUUCAUCACUACAGGAUACUGUCAGUCAUCACUACA